GGAUACAGAUGGAGGCGCUGUCAGACUACCUGGUGGACCAGAUCCAGGAGGAGGCUGAGUCUGGAGCUCGGGGUUUCAGGAAAGUGGAUUAGAAAUGUGAUGAAUAGACGGGUUUCUGUUUUAAUCCAGUGUGUGAGGUUUCAGGCCAGGCCUGUGUGGAGCCGCGGCCUGGACCCCGUAGCCGUUGUUUUAAGGGUAGACGUUGGGGUUUUGAUUCAUUCUGUCUGUCUCACGCAUCCAUGACGCAUGACACACUCUGCUGCUGCAACACUAUAAAAUAUCCAUCAGCUGAUCAGCGGAGAGGAGACGCUUCCUCUUUGAGCACAGCGGCCGUCUGAACGUGCAGGGAGGAGGUGUGGCGUUAACCAUCACCGCUUCACCACAACAACACACGCCCAGAUCUCGUGUGUUCGUGGCGUCAACGACUCGGUGAGACGUGAUUCUCUGCGGCGGACUCUGGGCUGGAGACACCACAGGGCCACGGUGGACAGGAUCCAGACGGGAGUCCUCGUCCCGUUACGCAGAUCCUCAGCUCGGAUGUUGAGCCUGGGAACAGCAGUGGCCUCCAUCAGAUGAGGAUGCGGCAUCCGCGGUGAGAUAAAGGAUCAUGGUCCUUGGCUGUUCUGUCAGCGAGGUGAUUGAAUGCCUCUAAAAUCUCAAGACUGUGAGCCCAGUGUAGGGUGGUGAUGAGCAGCCAGGGCAGCAGCAGCAGGGGAGGUGGCCAGCAUGCUGACACUCCCCCCUCACGUCAGCCUUCAGGACCCAAGCUGCAGGUUCAGCGCUCCCUCUCUCGUGACACCAUCACCAUCCACUUCUCUGCUCUGGGAAAGGACGAAGAUGAUGAUGAUGAGGAACUGUACGGGACACCGGUCGAAGCUAGACCAGGGUUGGGUGGGACAGAGGACAUCGCAGUUCAGGAAACCUCCGGAGUUGAGGACCAGUCUGUGGCCACCGGUUUGGAGGCAGCAGAGGAGCUGCUGUUUGAAUCCACAGAAGUAAACUCCUCCUCUGAACCUCCUGUGCUCCCUAUUUCAUCUACCACUCUGUCGUUACAGCCCUCCUCUCGCGUGCCCUCUGCAGCCGUGACUAUCAAUCCCACAUCUACCCACUCUCACUUAAAGUCCAGCCCCCCUACGAGCUCCUCUUGGCCCUCUGAACUACCCACAGCUAAUCCUUUGUCUACAAGCUCCAACUCGUCCUCCCCCGGGAAGUCUGCAGGACUGUCCUCCUCCAAGCCCUUCCUCAGCCUCGUCAGGUCUCUGUCCAAUGACAUUGAAUCCCGAGAAUCUGCCCCUGGGCCCACCGCCGCUACAUCAUCCCACGCACGCCACAGACACUUAAUGAAAUCUUUUGUCAAGUCUCUGUCCACGGACACAUCAAAGGCUGAACAUCAAGAAGGGCCUCUUCAUCACUAUCUCCAUCAGCAGCCCCAGCAAACACAGCCGUCCCAUCGUCCUCCACCUCGUAACAUGCAGCUCCUAAAGCAGUUCUCCCAGCCUCGUCUGUCCUCCAGCCCCAUGGUUGUCACUCAAACAGGUGGAGACUCCAAAACGGCCCCUUCGUCCCCGAUUAUGUCCCCAGAUGGUAGGUCAUUCUUCAAGGUCCAGGAGGUAGAGGCUAAGAUAGAAGACACCAAGCGGAGGCUGUCCGAGGUGAUGUCAGACCCCCUGCAGCUCUUCAGUAAGAUCAUCGGAGACGAGUCCAGUGUGGGAGCCAGUGGAGGUUCCACUCAGCGUGCCAGAUUCCUGUCAUCCAGUGCGUCAGAACUCAGCGGAGCGGCAGCCGUGAACGGACACGUGGAUGGAAACAGCAACUACAGCAUCAAGGAGGAGGAAGGGAUGGAAGGUGAAGACGAUGAAGACACGCCCACGGUGAAGGGUUCGGACUCCGUUUUUUUCUCCUUCCCGUCUCUGUCAUCAGCACCGACCAUCACUCAGGCCUCCACAUCAACCUUCCCCAGGUCUCCCUCUCUCACUCUGGGUCGCUGCUCGAUGUCAGCCCUGGUGGCUCGACAAGAAGACGAGGACUUCUGCGAACUGUACGCUGAAGACUUUGAGUUAUGUACCGAUACAGAGACACCGGAGGCAGAUAAACCCAAAUCACAGCAGCUUCAUACAGGCAGCACUCGUCUGUCCAGUGAACAUGACCUGGAGGAAGACGAGAAAGAGGGGGACGAGGAGGGGGACAGUGUUCCAAUUACUGGCCUCAUUUUCCUAACACAGUUGGUGUACUGGUACUUAGUUCUUCCGGUGCCACCCUGUGCAUGUGCAGUGGUCCAUGGGAUCGCCGCAGGGUUCAUGUUGGCCUUGCUGAUCCUGUGGUUGUCCUCUCCACGCCGGUCAGGAACCAGAAGAGGAAGGAGAAAGUUUGGGUAUUUAAAUGUGGCCCAACUGGACAUAAAAGAACCAGGAAUAUACAAGGGUUGGAUGAAUGAAAUCAACAGCUAUGACCCAGAGAUGUACCACGCCACCCUCACCCACUCCGUCUACGUCCGUCUGGAGGGCUCUGUCUUGCGCUUGUCUAAGCCCAACAAGAACAUCUCCCGUCGCGCUUCACACAAUGAGCCUAAACCAGAUGUCACUUUCAUUAGUCAAAAGAUCUACGACCUGACAGACAGCAAGAUCUAUCUGAUGCCCCAGAGCUUGGCCAGGAAGAGAGUUUGGAAUAAAAAGUACCCCAUUUGCAUCGAGUUGGCCAAGCAGGACGACUUCAUGUCCAAGGCCCAGGGCGAGAGACCAGAGUCAGGGGAGGACAAAUUAACAGGACAGACUGAAAAGUCAGAACGAACAGACAAAGGAGAAAAAGCUGAAGGACCAGCAUCAACGGAGGAGCCCAAAAGGCCGAGUUGUGGGGGAGGGGAUCUCACCAUCUACCUGUUUGGGAGGACGGGUCGGGAAAAGGAGGAGUGGUUCAGGAGAUUUCUGGUGGCGUCUCGGAUGAAGAUGGAUGGGAGAGGAGGCAGCCUGUCUGGAUUCUGCAAAAGUGCUUUCCUGCUGUCCCAUAGUCGCAGUGGCAGCUCCCAGUCUGGUGGGGCGCUGGAGGGCGACAGCAGGAGCAGCAGCAGGGGGAGCCUGGAGGAGCUCUCACAGUUGCGUCACAGAGAAACGUCUCUCUCCUGCGGCUCUUCUGGGGGGAUAAAGCAGAAGAUACUGCUGGACUAUGACGUCUACAUGGCCAAAUAUGUCAACCAGCCCGGAGCACAGAGUCCAGAUGUGGCCGACAGCCCUGAGAACAGCCCUGAGAGCAGCCCUAAAGCUGUGAAAAAGGUACGCAGGACUUCAGAGUCGAUGGUGGAGCCCGAGGCGUGGGUCAAUGCUUUUCUUGGGAGAAUAUUUUGGGACUUCCUGGGUGAGAAAUACUGGGCCAGUUUAGUCUCCAAAAAGAUCCAAAUGAAGCUCAGCAAAAUAAGGCUUCCCUAUUUCAUGAAUGAAUUGACUCUGACAGAACUGGACAUGGGCUUUUCCAUCCCUAAGAUUCUCCAUGCUUCUCAACCCUCUGUGGAUCACCAAGGUCUGUGGUUUGAUCUGGAGGUGUCGUACACGGGCUCCUUCCUGAUGACGCUGGAGACCAAGAUGAAUUUGGCCCGUCUGGGGAAGGAGGGUGAGGGACUUGGGGAGCAUGGCAAAGAAUGGCCCAGGCCUCGAACCUACUGCCUGGCGGACAGCGAUGAGGAGUCAUCGAGUGCAGGCUCGUCGGACGAGGAGGAUUCCCAAGAACUCCUCAGUGACAAACCUGUUGUAGCCGGAGGCGAGGGCUACGUGGGAGGCCACAGGCCCAGCAAGAUCAUGCGCUUUGUGGACAAGAUUGCCAAGUCGAAGUACUUCCAGAAAGCCACUGAGACGGAGUUCAUCAAGAAGAAAAUGGAGGAGGUGUCCAACACGCCGCUGCUCCUCACCGUGGAGGUGCAAGAAUGCCGCGGGACACUCGCUGUCAACAUUCCACCUCCACCCACGGACAGGAUAUGGUAUGGUUUUCGUAGCCCACCUCACCUGGAGCUAAAAGCACGGCCUAAACUUGGCGAGAGGGAAGUCACUUUAGGUCACGUGACUGAAUGGAUUGAGAAGAAACUGGAACAGGAGUUCCAGAAAAUAUUUGUGAUGCCCAACAUGGAUGAUGUAUGGUUACCCAUAAUGCACUCCGCCAUGGACUUGCGUUCAAACGCCAACUUGGUUACUGUGACAAAUGAUGCCUUGAAGGACCCAGAACCAGAGGAGUCUGAAGUCUCUGAUAUGUGAAGCCUCCCAAAUUGCGUUGUACGCUAACGGACAUUUCUCCACUAUCGCAAUACAGCGAGUUCAGGCCCGCUCAAAACCCACAUGUGAAGCGUCGAUCUGCCUUUUGCACCAGUUUGUGGCCAUUCAUUAAGUGCAAUCACAAAGCCGUCAAUGCCGGUGAGCUUAACCAUUUGUUGCCACCUGGUGCAGAACAAAUGAUCUGUUGUAAUUUUUAUGACAUCGAAAACUCAAAGGAUUCAUUUCCUAAUGAAGUACUUGUGGUGCAACAGUCAUCUCAUCCAUUUGGAAGAAACAGGAUCUGUGAUUUACAGUUGCACCAAAUGGAGUUCUUGUACUGUACAAACUUUUGGUGCAAUAUUUCCGGUCGAGCAGUUUUUCCUUGCUGUAUCUCUGAGUGAGAUAAUACUGCUGAAAUUCUGUGAUAAGUCGCUAAAAUGUCUGUGUCACAGGUAAGUGAAGUGUGGUUUAUCUCCCACCCACUGCUGCCUAUGUGUCAGCCUUCUGGGACUCUACAUGCAAAGGGAUCAGUGGAGCUGUGUACUCAGAUACAGAGCCGGCUUAAAACCUCCAUCAGUACCUACUGUGUAUCCAACAGCCUGUGUGCUUUGUGAUAGGGACUAGAGCGACUUUCAGAUAAAAAAAAAAAAAAUUAUUCACAAAAACAGCAGCUUCACAUUGCCUAGGUCUGAUGAAUGUAUAGAAAUGCAAAUUUCAAGGGGAUUUAUGGAUGUGCUUCGGUGUAACAUGCUUGAACACUUUUUUUAAAACAUCAUGGUCAAAGCUGAAGAAAAUCUUUUGCUUUACUUAGCCAAAGCUAUAUUUUUUCCUGAAGGUGACACAUGGAUAUUAAACCAGUCCCAGCUGAGGACACUUCAGCCUGUAAUACUCAGGCAACAUUUGAGGAUUGUUCUGGUAAAGUUAGGGACCAUUACCAUAUUACCAGGUGUUUUAAGUCAGAAAUGUACCAAACCUUCCUGUUCUCGUUAAUAUGUGACAUACUAGAUAUUACUAAUUUAACUUUCUUUAACAUUCCUUUCUGUUGGAUAAUUUUAUUUCUGUAGCGCUCACAUCAAGGAAGCAUAAGCCUACGACACUUCAACUUCUUAAAUCUGCCAAGACACCCAGCUGCUUAGAGGUGAUGCUACCAUGUCUUACAUUAAAAUGUGUUGGCAAAGUGUACAAGGCAGAAAGUGCCUUGAGAUAAACAUUCCUUGUUGCAAGCCACCACCUUUGUUGCCUCAUUUGAUUUGGGGGAAAAAAAAGAAUUCCUGCUUCAACAUGCCCCAGUUUCAUAAGUUUUGGUGAUGUUCAUAUUCGUUAAAGGUUGCUCAACAUCGCAGUUGUGUUCAGUAAUGUCAACAAAAUGUUACUGCUCUGAUCAUUAAGAUCAAUAAAUCCCUUUGCCUGGAAGAGA